CGGCGCGGUGCAUGGCGCGGCCAUGGAGGUGGUGGACGAGACGGAGGCGCUGCAGCGCUUCUUCGAAGGUCAUGAUAUUAAUGGCGCGCUAGAACCAUCAAACAUUGACACCAGCAUCCUGGAAGAAUACAUUGGCAAGGAGGAUUCACCAGAUAUCUCUGACUUGGACUCCCUUCCUGAAAUCCCUUCCUCAGCUGGCUACCCUCAUGUCCAGGCUUCCAACUCUGCCAUUGCAUCUGUCUCCAGUGCUGGCCAUGUGACCAACGUUGUGUCCAGUGGUGUCUUCCAUCAUGGCCCCCCGAAUACCCAACUCCUGAUCCGGCAUGGUUUCCAUCAUGGCACCUCAAGCAGCCAAGUUCCAAUCCAACAUGGUCCCCCUUUGUCCAACCUGUGUGGACCCAGCUACAGUGCUCACCUCAACUGCAAUAACAACAAUGGCAUGGUGGUACCCAAGGGAUACCUUGGAGGCCACUGCCUGACUAGUAUUGGCCCUCCAGUCAAAUCAGAGCUCAAAGCCUCCUAUGCACCCGGCACUUUACCUGACUCUCCCCCGGACUCUGGAUCAGAAGCAUACUCCCCCCAGCAGGUGAAUGAUCCGCACCUCCUUCGAACCAUGACUCCUGAGAAUAUGUGCCACAUGACUCCUCCUUCCCGGCUGGAGCAUCCUCCACCUCCACCCCCACCACCUCCACCAUCCCUCCUCCAGGGGCCACCACCUCACCCACACCAGCAGCAACACAGCCACCACUAUCCCAGCAUGCAGCGGGACAUGUACAUGAAGGCGGAGCCAUUGAUGCCACAGUUCACUAUUGGACAGGGCAUGUCACCAGGGGAUCUGCACCAUGCCCAGCAAUCACAGAUGCUUCACCAGCUUCUGCAGCAGCAUGGAACAGACCUUCAAGUACACCCUGCCAAGAAGAGGAAGCAUUCAGGGUCUCCCCCAAGUACUCUUAAUGCCCAGAUGCUCAAUGGGAUGAUAAAGCAGGAGCCGGGUACGGGGUCUGUGCCACUCAACCCUGACAGAGUCCAAACACCUCCCUGGCAUCAGCAGGGGGCACUCUCACCAGGUCUGAUUCAGGACAACGACAGUUUGAACGGCUCUUACCUAGAUCCCAACUACCAGUCUAUAAAAUGGCAGCCACAUCAGCAGAACAAGUGGUCUAUUCUGUACGACUCUAACUACAAGGAGCUACCAAUGCCCACGUAUCGGGUGGAUGCAGAUAAAGGCUUUAACUUCUCCGUGGGUGACGAUGCUUUUGUGUGCCAAAAGAAGAAUCACUUCCAGGUUACGGUCUACAUUGGCAUGAUUGGUGAUGCCAAGUAUGUCAAAACUCCGGAGGGCUUGAAACCACUCGAGUGCUUCUACCUGAAACUACAUGGUGUGAAGCUGGAGGCCCUGAACCAGUCCAUCAACAUAGAACAGUCACAAUCCGACCGCAGCAAGAGGCCCUUUAAUCCUGUCAUGGUCAAUUUGCCUCCAGAGCAGGUUACAAAGGUCACCGUAGGGCGACUGCAUUUCAGUGAGACCACAGCCAAUAACAUGCGGAAGAAAGGCAAGCCCAAUCCUGAUCAGAGAUACUUCAUGUUGGUUGUCGCCUUGCAAGCUCAUGCCCAGAACCAGAACUACACUCUGGCUGCUCACAUCUCUGAGCGCAUCAUUGUUAGACAACGGGCCGGUUCGGGGUUAAAACACAAACAGAGGGCAGACGGGGACCCCGGAGUCUGCAGACAAGCCUCCAACCCAGGUCAGUUUGAGAGUGACAGCGAUGUACUCUGGCAGCGUGCUCAGCUUCCCGACACUGUGUUUCACCAUGGUCGAGUCGGUAUCAAUACAGAUCGCCCCGAUGAAGCCUUGGUUGUUCAUGGUAAUGUGAAAGUCAUGGGGUCCCUUAUGCAUCCGUCGGACAUCCGAGUAAAAGAUGACAUCCAGGAGGUGGAUACUACAGAACAGCUGAAGAGGAUCUCCCAGAUGCGACUGGUGCACUACAAUUACAAGCCAGAGUUUGCUGCCACUGCGGGCCUUGAGAACACAUCUGAGACAGGUGUCAUUGCUCAAGAGGUCAAGGAAAUUCUCCCAGAAGCAGUGAAAGAUACAGGGGACAUAGUCUUUGCUAGUGGGAAGACUAUUGAGAACUUCCUAGUGGUAAAUAAGGAGCGCAUUUUCAUGGAAAACGUAGGAGCUGUGAAGGAGCUUUGCAAACUGACCGACAACCUGGAGACGCGAAUUGAUGAGCUGGAGAGGUGGAGUCAUAAACUCGCCAAGCUUAAACGACUGGACAGCAUGAAAUCAACUGUGAGCUCUGGUGCAUUCAGUCAAGCAGGGAGCCAGUUCAGCCGUGCAGGAAGCAUGCCUCAUAAAAAGAGGCCCCCCAAAAUGGCCAGCAAGUCCCCUUCUGUUGUCACAGACCAGGCUUGUAUCAGCCAGCGUUUCCUACAAGGCACCAUCAUUGCCCUAGUGAUCAUCAUGGCAUUCAGUGUGGUAUCCAUGUCUACUCUCUAUGUGCUAAGCUACCGCAAUGAGGAAGACCUGGUGGACAUUGACGGAUCCAAUCAGAAUAUUGAUAAGAAUCAGCUUCUGUAUUCUACUGCACCCUCAUCAGAUGCACCUGGUGAUAGUCCCCCUCCACAACCUGCCACAACGCAUGGUCCAGAGUCUCUCAAUGACUUGUCUGCCCAUAGCAUAGCAGUGUGUUUCAACCCUCCUUGCUUCUCCAUGUGCUGUUCUGUUCCCAACAAUGUGUCUUCUGCUGCAGCUUCAGAGACUACUACUGCUACCACCACCAAUCGAACUGACCAUAGCCUUGUGUCACUGCUGCCGGUGACCAACAUCAAAGCCAAAUCUAGAGUCACAGGCAAGGCAACUUCCCACACAAAGUGGCCAAAGAUGUCUGAGAGAUCACGGGGCUUUGGUGGCCCCAAUGCCAGCCCAUCGUCCCCCUUCACCCAUGUUCAGAGCAAGUCCAAAUACAUCUCCAACCUCCCUCUCACACACAACAGCUUCCCACCAGGGCAGGCACGGCAGCAACGUAGCAUCAGCCAACAAGGCCCUGAGGAGUCCAGAAUGGGAAGCCCCAACCAGGAUGUGGCUCUUGUAUUGCAGUCCAUUUCACUGCUGGGGAGUAAUGUGGCCGUCACACCCCAGACCUGUGUUGCUGGUGAUGAAUGCAGGAUGGGAAACAUUACCUACCGCAUCCCCAUCAGCAAGUUUACUGCCGUGAACACAAACCUUACUUUGGAGAUGAAUGCUUCCUCCACUGUGUCUGGCUAUCUUUGUGGACUCACCUCCAGCAACCCAUGUCAGCACACCACAGAGAACACAGGCAGCUUCACUGAGACAACAGACACCCAGGGAACAACAUACCGUUGGCCUGUGAUGAUGAUGCCAUUCCAGGAAUUUACUUACCACUUUCGAUUAGCCCGGCCCGGCCAAGCUAACUGCAGUACUGCUGUGGAGCAGAUGGGCUCGCUCUUCACUGACUAUUACUUCCAGUUCUACUGGCUCUGUGAGUGAGUCUUGGUUGCACCACUUCCCUUUCCAUAGGAGCUGAAAGACCCUUUGGACCAAAUGUUCUCUUCUAACGAACCUCAAGCCCUAC